AGGAAAACAAUGGAAAUUGGGAAAAGAAUGGGAGCCGCUGAGAUGGGAUUGCGAAGCGAACCCAAGGGUUGGGGGAAUGACUGAUUGUACAUCUGUGAUAGUUUAUGUUCUUUGGCAGAACCAGCUGGGAAACAGCUGUGUGCGUUUACACGUGGCAAAGCCCAAGUAAUGAAUGGUAUGAAGGAAGGAUGGUUCAGUGAGCUGAGCUCCUUAUGGCCUGGAAUAAGCCUCUCCCUGGAAGUCAAUGAGGUUUUACAUUCCGAAAAGUCGGAUUUUCAGGACAUUCUCGUACUGCAAACAAAAUCUCAUGGCCGAGCACUGAUAUUGGAUGGAAUUAUUCAGUGCACUGAAUCAGAUGAGUUUGCUUAUCAGGAAAUGAUAUCUUUUCUGCCACUCUGCAGUCAUCCCUUACCAAAAAAGGUGCUGAUAGUAGGUGGUGGUGAUGGAGGAGUGGCAAGGGAGGUGGCCAAGCAUCCUGGUGUAGAAAGCAUUGUGCAGGUAGAGAUUGACUCUCAUGUUCUUGAAGUAUCCAAGAAGUUCCUGCCAUUCAUGGGUACAGGGUUGACGAAUCCGAAGCUUACACUUCAUGUUGGCGAUGGAUUUCGAUUCAUGGCACAACAUCGGCAAGAGUUUGAUGUCAUUAUCACAGACUCUUCAGAUCCUGUAGGACCAGCUGUGUCUUUAUUCCAGCAGAGUUAUUUUGAGUUGAUGCGUGGAGCUCUGAAACCUGGUGGAAUUGUUUGCUCUCAGGCUGGAACAGUAUGGGCUAACAUAGACAUUGUAGCACAGACAUUUCAGCACUGUCAUCUCACAUUUAGAAAAGCAUCAUUUGCCUGUGCUGCUGUUCCCACAUAUCCCACAGGACAGAUAGGGUUUGUGCUUGGAAGUCUCAGCCCGGAAACCAAUUUUAAGGAGCCACUACGGAUAUUCUCAGAGACAGAGUUAGAUUCAUUUAAUCUGCAUUACUACUCUGCUGAAGUACACAGAGCUGCAUUUGUCCUGCCUCGAUUUGCCAAAAAGGCCCUGGAUGAGAUUAUCAAUAGUGUUACUGAUGAGGUGAACACUGGUGACCGCUAAACAAUCACAGUAUUAACAUUUGACUAAAAAAAUACAUACAGUCCUUUCAUAUUGUGAACAGUUUUAUAAUUCUUAUACAGAGGGUGAAGUACCCUGGCAAUAUUUUAGAGCAAUUCAAACUUUCUUACAGUCUGUAUGAUUGAUUGGUGUCAUUUCUGUGGCAACUAAGUAGGGCCAGGUUGAGUAUGUAAACUUUUCCAUUCUUUAAUACAGCCAAGCAAAAAUGUAUUUAAUUUUACUUCAUGUCAUUCUACAACAUGAAUGUUAUAAGUUAUCAACUACUGACAUAUAGGGAUAGAAAUUCAUAUGUUAAAUUCGUCCAGAUUUUGAGAUCAGUCCGUUACUAGAAUUAUUGUAAUAUCCAAAAUUUACUAAUGUUAACUACUACAGAACUGGUUGAAACUAGCUACCUUCCUCCAUUAUAACAGAAGAAUCUCUUCCUUCUGCAAGGUUUGAGAUGACGUACUUCAGAUUUUCAUGAGCAGAUGGCACCUGAACAAAAAACUGCCUUGUUAAAAAUGUUGUGUUUAUAUGCACAUGGGUUACAGUCUGAAAACUGGUGUACAACCUAGAUGAAGGAGAGGUUUUUUUUUGCUGAUGGAGCACUGUAAAUGCAUGAAUAUGCCCUUUUGUAGAACACUUGACUUCAUUUAUUUAGCCAGUAGUUCAUAGGACCGUGGUGCAGCCAGAAGUUAAAGGAAUUGAGGUGUGUUACUUAUUUGAUGAAUAAACCAUUUUAUAAUGUUUGAGGCUUACACAAUGAAUUGUCAAAAAAAGAAAAAUGUGGAUAACUUCCACAGCUAAGUACACUGCAUUAUAUUUAAGCUAAUUUAAAAACUCAGGAGAUUCAUUAUAAAAGAAAGUAUGUAUUUAUUAAGUGAACUAUAAAUAUGACACAAAUUAUAUAUGACUAGAAGCUAUCGCGGUGACUAACAGUGAUAAAAUCCUCUCGGGCGACCAGCUGUGUCAGCUCAGAACCGAAGUCCGACGGUAGAGAGACUGUUGCCAUCAUCAGGGAAUGUGAUGGGUAACCACAGUUGAUUGUAUAUAUAUAAUCGGUGCCCCUUCAUGUACGGUCAAUGGCCGGUGAGGAAAGGGAAGCAGAGUCAAGUGGAACCCAUCUCGAAACAUUCGCUCAGAGUCACUCUACCUAGAACUUAUGGUCAAAACAACCCAACCAGCGUUGUCUUAGGGGGAGAAACAAAAGAAGAAGAAAAAAGAAAUGACAAAAGGAACCAGUCUUUCAUCCUUUGCCGGUCGAAAGAUUUUGUCAUCUGCAACGACGGUCACCCCUCUGGCAUUGUCUCGCCUCUGUGUCACUUAACCAAACCAGAGCAAGAAUGGGAGAGGGUCCACCCAAAUUUUACUUGGUUGGAACCUCUCCCGUAUUUUGCUCUGUCUCAAUGUUGCUCAACCCGGCCACGGACCUCUCUGACCUUGUCCUGUCCGAGUGUUGCUUAACCAUCUGCGUCUCCUGGAAGAUGCUGAUGACGGUGCCAUACCUGGCUCUGCAUAAAUCCAUUGUCUCCGUUGAAAUUAUUUGAGUGUAGUCAUAUUUUAGUUGCCUCCUUUACCAGUCGAUCCACUGUGACCUCCUCCAAGCUAAUUUUAUGUUUUGUUUCGAUGCUGUGUUCUGCUAUCACCGAUUUGUUGGGUUGAUGGAGUUAUAUGUAAUGUGCAUGUUAUUUGCACUUGGCUGUUAAUGGUGUGCCCCGUCUGGCCCAUAUACACUCCCAUUGGAUCAGGUACAUACCUGCCACACAAACUCUGAGGUAAUCUUUCACCGACCUUAGCUUGUUGUUUUACUUAACCAGUCGGUGUAUGUCCUAAUAUUAUACUUGGCCAGUAACCUGCUAAUCUUUCCGGAUAUUCACUGCAUGUAUGGUAUUAUGGCCAUGUCAGCUGGAUCACUUUCCUGAGUCCUGGGUUUCUUCUUUGUUUAAAGGGAGAGGUGUAUCUCUGUUGCACUGUAGCCAUUUUGUUGGAACUUUUCUUUACGUGUCAGAUUUAUCCUUCUAAGUUGUCAGAGUCGCAGAUGGUCCUAGCCCAGCCAAUGAGUGUAGAUAAGAUGGCAAUUUUUUUGUACUAGAUGAUUAUCCGUGUGGGUUGAUUUCCUGUAUACUGUGCGGCCUUUUCACUAACACUUCCAGAAAGGGCAGUGUAUUAUCCUCGGUAUCCAUCGUGAAUUUGAUGUUGGAAUAACAGAAAUCUCUGGAGUUCAUGUUCCCCAUGCGGCCAUACCACUAGCAUAUCUGAACCAAUGGGUCAGUUUGCACAGAGCAGUUCUUAGUGUUAUCUUUUUGAAAUGUUCCAUAUAUAAGUGUGCCGUUAUUGGAGCAAGCUGUGAACCCACGGCAAAGUCAUCUGUCCGUAAUAUUUCCCUUCAAAAAGAAAGUAUUCUGUAGAUAAAUCCUCUGCAGCUUCUGUAUAAAGGAUGCGAAACUUUUUUAUGUGGUGUUCCAUAAGUCCCACAAGGGGACUAAUCCUGCCAGAUGCUCUCCAGGAGGUAGGUGGAUGAGCCGAUACAAUUCACUACUUUUCUUAGCGGAUUGCUCUCUUUAUGUGUUUUCGAAAGCCCAUAAAGUCUAGGUGGUGCAGAAGCACUGGGGAUGAACUUCUCGGCAGUGUUCUCUGGUAUUUCUAUUUCCUUCCUAUUUAUCAGAUCUUGCUGUUGUAAUUUGUAUAUCGGUUCGUUGAGCAUUGCUUCAAUCUUCUUGCUGUAAUCACUGGUGUUCAUUAUUACCAUGGCGAGCUUUCAUUGGCUAGAAAUAUGGUCAGGUCUUCAUCUUCUGUAAAGGCUAGCAGUGCAUUCUGUUCUGCUUUAGAAGUAUUCUUCUUCUGUGUCUUGCUUUCCUUAAGAUAAGGCAUGUUUCCUGUUGUAUUUCUUCUGCUACCUCCAUAUGUAAACCUAAGAUCGCUUAUUGUGGACGUAGGCAUGAUUUGUGUUCAUGCAGCUUGUUCUGAACUCUCUAGUAACUUUAGCACUGAAUAUGAUUUCACAAGUUUUAGACUUAUGAGUCUGUUUUUAUAGUUUAAGAGGUUUACAACUUUUGGGCCUUACAUUUGUUACCUGGAUUGCUUUUGUAUAUAGAAGGUUCUGAUGUUUCCACUUUCUCACAAAUUUUUCAAACCUUUUUCCUCUUAUGUGAAAUUUGAGAUUUUCAUGGUUGUGAAGUUGAUGAUGAUGUUCUUUUGAGUUUUGACACUGUGUACACUUCUAGGUAGAUGCCAGCUUUCUGGAGAAACUUGCUGUCUCCAUCUUCAGGGAUGAAGUGCCAAUGCUAGCAAUCAGCCAAAAAGCUAACUACGAAGUGCAAGACAUUGUCCCAUGCUAGGUUAAACCAUUUAUGGGUAUGAAAUGCAUAGCUGGAAUUAGAAAACAGUGCCUUAUAAAUGAUAACUGGGGGUUUGUUGUCUUGGGUGAAGUUUUGACAUGUUCAGACUAAAGACAGUGGAAGGCUUUAUGCAGAGUCAGAGGAAGGGGAAGGUUGAGGGAAUGGGCCAGUCUGAUAUAAGGAAGGAGGGAAAAUGGUCUGAUCCAAUAGGAAAUUUCAAAGUAGGCGAUUGGGUUCUGGGUAGAAAGUGAGAGAGGGAAGAAAUCAGCUCUCUCCAGGGUCAACCAGUGGGUGCUAUGUUCCUUCAGGUUGUGAAUGAGAAGGUUCCAUGCCAUCCUAACUGGCAUCUACCUGCAAGUCUACAUGGUGGCGAAACCCAAAGGAACGUAAUCUUUUCUGAUACUCUGUUCUGGUUUUCUUCUGUAGACUGAACCACUUCUAAGUAAAGAUGCUGUGAAAAGUUUCUACUGACUGUACACACUUUACUGAUGUUACUGCAGGUAAUGACAUGUGAUCACAACUGGGCCAACACAAAAAAUCAAAAAGCCUGAUUUCUGAAAAUAAAUGAUGCCACAAAUGUAAGUCAUUAACUAAGCUAAACUAUUUGAAGCAGAAUGACAAAUUUUCUGUUGACAAAAAUGCAUUGUAGAUUUUUACAAGACAAAAAUACCACAUUUUCUACCACAAAAUGGAUCUGUGACCUAUAUAUUUAUACAUUACAGUAUGCUGAUUUAUGAUCUGGCAAUGUGCAUUAUAAAUGUUAGCAUAGGAGUGGAGAAAAAUGUCCUCACUCUUAUAGUAAUCAUGUGUGUUUCAAACUGCAAUUUUAAUUUCAACUGGGGAGCUCAGAGAAGUAAAUUAUAAAUUAUGUCAGACAUGUACAUGCCAGGAACUAUUAAAGAUUAAUUUUCUAAGCAAAAUCUGAAAUAUUGUAGGGGCCGUCAGAUCUUUUGAGGUAAUUGUUUACAGGAUAUAAAAUAAGCUAAUAUAAACUUUUGUCACUGCCUUGCUUUGUGUUUAAUACAAAAAGUCAAUGACAAAGCACUCCUAGUUGUGAAAUUUUAUAUCUCACUCAGUUUGAGACAUGUAAUCAUCAGGUUUAUUUAUGAGCUGGUAAGAAAUCCACCAGCUUUUAGUGUGUGUGUGAGGCACAUUGUAGUCAUGUUUGCAUUAUGUGCCUGUGUGUGCUCUAAAACAUAUUAACCCUUGGCAUACAAAACAAAAGAGAGUGCCUAAGGAAAUGUGGAGUAACUCUCAAAAGAUUUAUGUGACUUUUAAAAGCCCUGUUUGUAGCCCUGCAGAUGGCAUUCAUUUCAACCCAUGUAUGGAGCAGCAUUCGUGCUGUAAUCAUCACUACAGUUGCAGUGAUCUUGUAGAUGUCUGAAAUCAUGAAUUUUUAGCAAAACAGAUUUCUUAUGAACUUAAAAUAAUUGACAACCUUGUAUUCAUAUGCCUCAAAUUGAAAGAAAUAAUUAUUAAAACUAGGGAGUUCUUUUUCAGUGAACCUGUGUUUCAUCAUUCAGAGGGUACUUUUUUACUCAUGAAAGUGAUCUGUAUGAGUGCAAUCCUAAAAAUUAUGAACAUUGUUGGUUACAAGAGAUCAAAAGUUUGUGUAUACAUUAUAAUAGACAUGAGCCACGUUAAACUGUACAUAACUAUCUUAAUUGACACAUGAUACCAGUCAUAAAGGAUAGAGGUUUUGGUAUAUCUGUUCUGAUACCUGUUGUACAGUACAAAUUUCCUACGGCUUCUAAUAGGGAUAGUGAUCACUCCUCUGUAUGCAAAAUCAUGAACAAAAAAAGCUUGUAAUGAAUGAAGGAUUCUAUAUGAAAUUUGUAAGCAGUAGCUGUAACAGCUGUCAAAUUUGCCUGAUUGUAAUGUGGGGCAUUUGUACAUUUAUUUUCGGUUCAAUUAUAAGUUGUCUGAAAGGCAAAUGAAAAAUGUAUAGAGAGUAAAUGUGAUCUUUUAUUCAGUAAUGUUUAGGAAAUUAGUUUUCAGGAGCUGUUUUGGAUUUGCUUGUUGACUUGUAUAUUUAUAUUUGUUACUUUUCAUAUUAUAGAUACAAAUCUUUAAAAGUAUUCACCCUAGAACAAUCUGUAAGAUAACAACCCUCUUUGACAGUAAAACAUUGUAAUCAAAUUAACUUCAUUGCUUCUCAAGAUAAAAUACAGUAAUUUUUAUGUGGACUCUUUAACUGCAAGUCCAUCCACAUCUUUCAGCAUAAUAUCACAUGAAUGUCAGAGUCUGGCUUUGUUUCCCACUACAGUCCAUUGAACCAUGUUUUUCUUUUCUUUUUUUCCUCUAAUGCAUUUCUUCACUGUUUUUUUAAUUGAAAGUCUUUGCUGCACUGUAAUUUGAACCAAUGCAAACUUUAAUAAAUUUUCUAUCUUUAA